AUGGCAAGACUUAAUACAGUGCCCAUCCCGUCAAGGGAUCCUACAGCUACGAAUUUAGAGCGCAUAUUGGUGCGAUUGCAGAAAAUUAUCUUGAGUCCAGAUACUUCGGCCGGAUCUCAAAGCUAUGCUGAGUGGGUGAAGACGGGCGCGAAUUUGGAAUAUGCGCGGGAUUUAUUGGUUCACGUAGAGCAAGAUGCGCAGAAUAUUAAAGUACUAGCGAGGAAACAAGAGAUACAGGCCGAUUUAGUGCGCAAAAGGCAUAUGAUACAAAGACUUGGUGAAAGAUUGGAAGAGUUGAGUGAGCUUGCAAGUUAUGAAGAAGAAGGCGAGGAUUCAUCCGAGGGAGAAGAUCUACUGGCCCAUGACCAAGAUACGCCGUCGGAAACUACAGACGAAACUACAAACAAUCACGAAGAACGCUCGACACAUUCUCCGAUCGAUUACACACCUUCUACCACACAAGUGGGACAUGCGCCUCCCCCGCUACAAACGCAAUCCUCUCAACAACCCGAACUUUCGACUCUUCGCUCUCGCAACCCCCGCGCCGAGCUCUUCGAAACGGCCUCCAAUAAAGCCUACACAACAUCCGCCUCCACAUCCCAAGUUGCUCCCACAGCCGCAACGGAAACACUCCUCACGCACCACCGCACCGAACAAGAAGAUCUCACCAACUCUCUCCUCUCGAUGGCCCAAGAACUGCGCGCUCGCUCUCACACCUUCGCCAGUACCCUCGCUACCGAUGCCUCUGUUCUCGAUUCUGCCGUUGCAGGUAUUAAUAAAAAUGAGAUUGGUCUAGAAGCAGCGUCGAGGAGAAUGGGGUAUUUGAGGAGUAUGACGGAGGGGAAGGGUUGGUGGGGUCGCAUGAUGAUGUAUGCAUGGAUUGCGGGCUUGGCGAUUUUGGCGGAGGGGAAGGGGAAGAGAGGAGAUUUAAAAGGAAUGGGUUGGCUUUAUUUUGGCGAAAUGGUACAUAUUUGGGCGUUUGGCGAAGCUAAAUUUAUGAUGGUGUUGUGUUAUGGAGGCGGAGAGGAGAAGCAAAGCAAUGUAGUCUUACAUGUUAAUCUAUUGAUGUAG